AUGAGCAGCUUAGGAUCGAGAGACUAUACACCGGCUCAUCUGAGCCUGGUGGGCCACUCUGAUGUUCCAGCUGGCCAGUCUUGCCAGUCAACUGAUGCAUCAACCCCAGAAGAGUUAGUUCGUCAACGUCUGACAGACAUCCCUAGGCUAUCCCAGCAAGUCGAGUUGAGCCCGGAGCCAAUUCCCAGCGCAGUUCUAGACUCAGCCUCUGAUGCCUCGACCAUAACGUCAACCACUGACCACCCUGACAUGAAUACCUUGCACAACUCUUUCGCAGCAGCAGCAGCUCGUCGUGCAUGUGCACGUGCGCGCGAACAAGAACAGGACGAUGUUCAAGCUAAUGGCUCACAAAGCUAUACUGCUCAUGAUCAACGUUCAACUCAGCUUGGUGACGACUCGGAGUCUGUUCGAUCCUCAAUCCACGACACUCCGGCACGAUACUAUUCUCCACUCGAAGUUGAGACUGCAAGCAGUCGCAAUAUUCAGAAUGUAGCAACACACGACCACGACCUCCAGGGUGAAACUCCUGGGCAAAUUCAUCAGGGCCCAGCUUCUCCCUCUAACCCUAUGGCACCAUGCCUGCCGCAGUUCUACAGCAGUGCAGCACCAGAGCAGGCAUCCGUGCUUGAAGAUAUCUUACAAGACUACCUUGAAAAUGACUCAGAGCCAUCGGACACCGGAGCUACUGUAAGCGCACCCUCUGAUAUUACCACUUAUGAUUACUUACCAUCUUCACCGAUUCUUCAUGCCCGAUCUCGUGGCAACCGUCGCGUGCACAUACCGCAACCGGACUUCCAAGCUAUGCCUAGCUAUCCAUCGAGACUUGCCCCACAGACUAUGCAUGCAGAGCAUGAUUCAGAAGGACUGCCGCCUCGCCCUGAGCCUGGUGCAACCACAACUAUAGAUCGUUUCCAACGACGUUUUAGGAGCGUAUUUAGUCGCAGCAACCCGGCCGUCGACGAAGGUAUGGAGCUGAGCACGCUCUCUCGCGCAUCAGUGAGCUAUCCAAGGCUUUUCAGAGAUGGUGAAGCAGCUGCGAUGCGGACCCAGGAGCAGGAGCAACAGCGUGAAAACGAUGGUCUGCAGAUCGAGACGCAGCAGACUCAGCAGCAGCACGUCUCUAUCUGGAUUUGGCUGGGCUUCGUUCUCGGAGGACUUGCCAUGUUCGUGUUGAUAUAUUCCUUGGUGACUUGGUACGGACGUUGA